CUCUCAACGUCCUCUGUACGUCUCAUACGGAGCCCUCGCACGUUACAACACCUGAAUUCAGCGAUAAAGAUGAUGUCUACAAGUGGAUACUACACCCGCUCACAAUCUACGCAUAACUCGGAGUGCAACACUCUCUCAUCCUUAGCACAAUAUGUCUACGGCGAAUCCGUCAAUGAUGCGCAAUUCCAGCUAUCGUCUUGGGCUGGUUUUAUGUCCAAACACCCCGGCCCCCACUGCCUUUGAGUCUCCUCCGUACUGUACUUGUACCAGGCUUCGACUAACCGUACUAUCGAUCCCUCUGUCUUGUCAUCCUUCCUGUCUGGUUCUGAUUGAAGAAACUCUUCUUUAACUCCAAGCUUCAUUUAUCUAUCCGGAGGUGGUCGAAUCACUUAUGUGCCAGCUGUUAUAGCCUUGACCUGCUUGUAUACUCCUUGCCUCUCCCUCCUACUUCUACCGAUCUCUUAUCCCUAAGACCGAAACAGUUUGAUCCUACAAAACCUCAACCACCAUACGAAGAUACAGACAACCCUCAGGGUACACCCUUCUUGACACCAUAUACCUCGUUUUCCCUCAGUCUUCCGACUUUCUCCUCAAGACAUCAACAUGGGUCUCCGAUUAAGAUUACGAAAAACAUUCUCGUCGUCUCAUAAAAAGCCCAAUCCCGAAACUCAUCACACUCCUACUCCAGGCGAAACGUACUACACCGACCGCACAGACAUAGAGUACUAUAAGCCCCAUGAGAUCCCGCGGUCCAAGUACAGAGGCAAGGUAGACCCCGAGCAUGCCGCCAGCCUUGCCGCCUUCAGCCUCGCCGACGCCUUUGCCUCAGUCAAGCGGAGGUCGAGUGUUGCCCUCUCGGGCACUUUCAGCCCCGGUGGCACAAAAGCACAGAGUCGAGCGACGAGCAGAGCACCAAGUAGAGUCCAGAGCAGGGCGGCGAGUAGGGUCCACAGUCGUGCACCAAGCAGAGUUCAGAGCAGAAUACAAAGCAGAGCGCCCAGUCGCCGACCCUCACAUUCUGGGCUCCGUACGGAAACUCAUAUGGAGAGCCUGAGCUCCAGCGGAAGCACGUCCAGGGAGAAGAGCCUCACCGCCAGCACGGCCCUGGACGUCGAGACUGCCAGUACAAGCAUAUCCGAUCAACCCACCGCCGUAUCCUCGGCUCCUGCGGAACAGAACCCAAAGUACAACACGACCGCCUCGGGCUUGACGCAACACGACAGCGGUGUCGCGCUGGACAUCCCCGAGAUCGUAUUGACGAAGCAGACAACCGCACACGACACCCCUUUCACCGCGGAGGAGCUGGAGCAAGCAAUGACGAGAGCGACCUUGAAGUCUCGAGAUUUCAGAAACCACGAUGAGCCACCGGUGCGGAUGGGCCGGAGGAGUGCGAUUGCGUCUUGAUGAACAUGAUGGGACACACGACGUUAUGGAAAAGAAGUGGCGUUGGUGAUGGGUUCGUUAUACUGGUUAUACAAAAGAUUUUGUACACAUUAACAAAAGCACGACACGACCUGGCGGAUACGGUCCCUUUGGCUUGUGUGCUGGAUUUAUCACGAACCGUGUUCGACAUCUCGUGUUCGAACAGCAUUUUACUCCCGGCGCAGGAAAGCUGGGGAUUUGGGAUUUUGGGAUUUUUGGGGGUUCUUAUCGGCAUGGCAUAGCACGGUAUGGCGCGAACUUUUGACGACAGGGAACGGCAUGGCACGACAUUUGUGGGCGAGGCGUGGAUUCGAAUUACGAGCAAUAACAACAACAUGGGUCGUGGAGCAUGGGAACUUGAACCAUCUUAACUUGAAGGGGUUUGAACGGCGGCAUUAUAGACGUUCUAUUCUCCUGUCACCUUGGUUGGGGACAGACCCUGAUACUCAACCACACGGCAAGAUCCAAGGAAACGACAACGAGCUUGAGCAAAGGGGUUUGCCCUCACUCAACGAAUGAAUGAUUAAAUGAACCAUGACAAAAAUAUGCUUGACUUUGAAAUCGUUAAGUUUCGUGCUGUAUACCAUGUGUCUCACAAAC